CGCCACCAAUCUCAAGGCUUAGUCGAGUGUAACAUCUUGCUGCUGUAAGAUGCUUCGGUUUUUAUUCGUCAUAGUAACACUUCUGGUUACUAAAACUCUCGCACAGGCCUUUCCUACAUACCGGUUGCCAAACAACACCAUACCAGAAACUUACGACCUCAGCAUAAGAACAUGGAUCAAUGAGAAUAAUAGCACCUUCACCGGAUCCGUUCGAAUCGGAAUUCUAGCCACAGAAUCAACUGACUUCAUCAGAUUGCAUCACAGUGUUCAACAACUUCAAAGUGUUUCGGUUCUGUCCACCAAUGAGCAACCCAUUGCAAUCGGUGAAGUAUCGUACAAUCCAGAGUACCAUUUCUUGACCAUUCCUAUUGCUGGCAGCAAUUUAACGCAAGGAACGAGAUAUUUCAUCGACAUUGACUACGUUGGAUUCAUGAAUUCGUUUAGUGGAUUUUAUCGCUCGUCAUAUGUCGUGAACGAUACGUGGAUAUUUUUCGCUUCUACCCAAUUCGAACCAACGUAUGCUCGUUCCGCUUUUCCCUGCUAUGACGAGCUUCAGAUAAAAUCCAAUUUUACUAUUCGUAUGACCCACACGUCCGAUUAUUCAGCCAUAUCUAACAUGCCUGUUGUGUCCGUCACACAAAAUGGUGAUGGUUCUGCCACUACGCUCUUCGAGACAACUCCACCUAUGUCGACUUACCUUGUCGCGUUCCAUGUAUCAGCAUUCCCUCACAUUACGACUACACCGCCUAGACGGACACCACAACGUUUUUUCUCAAGAUCAGACGCAAUUGGCAACGCAGUGGAAGCCUUAGAUGCGGGUGAACAAUUGCUAGAAGCUAUUGAGGAUUACGUGGAUAUCGAUUUCGCGUUGCCAAAAAUGGAUCAAAUCGCAGUGCCGGGUUUCCCGUCUGGUGCAAUGGAGAAUUGGGGAAUGGCUACAUAUGCCGAAUUCUAUGCUCUUUACAAUGCUUCUUCUGACUUCCAUACGAGACGUAUGUACGCAGUCCUAACGAUUUCACACGAACUGGCUCAUCAAUGGUUCGGAAACCUAGUUACGCCCAGCUGGUGGACGUUUUUAUGGAUGAAGGAAGGUUUCGCCACUUUCUUUGAAUAUUUGGGCGUUGACUUGAUUCAUCCCGAAUGGCAAAUGAGGGACUAUUUUGUCGUUGAUAACAAUCAAUUUGUAUUCCGCAUCGACUCUAACGAAUUCACCCAACCCAUGACCCAUUACGUGGAGCAUCCGAUCGAGAUCGAUUUCCACUUCAACAGCAUUGCUUACAACAAAGCUGCAGCUGUAAUUAGAAUGUUCUGGCAUGUGUUCGGUGAAGAAACGUUUAUGGACGGAGUAAUUUCGUACUUGAGGAGCAAUGCUUUCUCUGAUGCAGAUGAAGAUGAUUUGUUCGAUGCAAUUGCAAUCGCAGUUUGGUUGGAUGACGAAGUGAUUCUUCCUGAUGGAGCAAAUGUUUCAACAAUUAUGGCCUCAUGGACCCGGCAACCUGGAUUCCCCAUUAUUACAGUCGAACGGAAUUAUGACGAUCGAACGAAUCAAGUAACAUUGUCGCAACAAAGGUACUACAGUUAUCCACCACAAAAUCCGGCCAACCAGACAUGGUGGGUGCCAUUCAAUGUCAUAACUCCAGACAAUCCAGACUUUGAAAAUACGCGUGUCGAAAGAUGGAUACCCAAUACACCAUCGGUGGAAAUAACUGUCGAUAAUCUCGAUGCCGAUGAUUACUUAUUGAUCAACAAACAAGCUGCUGGCUACUACCGAAUCCGAUACGACGACCGAAAUUAUCGACUAAUCUCCGAUGCAAUCCUACGGAACAGUUCUCAAUUCCAUUCGACGAACAUUGCACAAUUGAUUGGCGAUGCUAAUGAAUUUUAUGAAACCGAUCAGAUGUCUUUGUCAGCGGUAUUGGAUUUGUUGCGGGUACUAGAGUUCCGGUCCGACUUCGUUAGCUGGAGUCCAGCUCUGAACUUAAUCUACUUCAUCAACAGAAAUAAUCGAGGCAAUCGCAAUUAUGAUGUGUGGGCCGAUUUUAUCCGUUCGCUCAGCGAGGAACUAUACGAUGCGGUCGGCCUUGACGACAUUCCAGAUGAACCAAUUUUGAACAAAUCUGCCCGCGAGAAUAUUGUUCAUCUCGCAUGCGAAAUGGGAUCCGUACACUGUCGAAGUGAUGCAGCCAGACUGUUACGCCGACACAUCGAACUGAAUGAAGAUUUCCAUCACAACAUAAGGCAAGUUCUUCGAUGCGCAUCGAUGAGAAGCGCCUCUCGCACUGAGUUCAACACCAUGUGGAAUCUCUUGCAAACGCUGCCGGAAGACGAUUUUAUUUCACGUUACGAAAUCAUUGACAUGUUGGGAUGUACAACGUCCAGACCAUUGUUGAACGAAUUCGUUAGAUCUGCGUACAAUUUGUCAAUUUACAGCGAAUUCGAACAGUACACCGUCAUCAAUGCCGUACUGCAAAAUGGUGGAAAUUUGGGUAUUGGUCUGACACUCGAAUUCUUCAUCGACAACUACGAAGAAACUAUCGAGAUCUUCGGUUCAUGGUUUGUGCAAAAUCUAGCGUAUUAUAUUAGCAAUGCCGAGCACAUCGAACGCUUUAACGUUUUCCAAGACAUUUUAAUCGAUGCCGGCCUGAUAGAGCCGGAUGAAGUCGAGUUUAAUAGGGAAGUAAUUGAAAGGUCCGUUAGCUGGUUAAACGAACAAGGCGAGGAGAUCAAUACUUGGCUCGCAGAAAAUUUUGCUUUCAGUUCAACGCUUUAUCGGAACAAGAUGUUACAAGUCCUACUAGCACUGGUUGUAACAGUGUUUGUUACACCAACAUUUGGUCAAAAUUUUACCACAUAUCGACUGCCAAAUAAUACACGGCCAGAAACCUACGAUCUCAGUAUAAGAACGUGGAUCCACGAAGGCAAUCCCACAUUUUUCGGUUCCGUACGAAUCGGAAUAGUGGCUGUUGAUUCCACGGAUUACAUUCGGAUACAUCAUAAUGUUGCACAAGUUGAUAGCGUCAGAGUAGUAACUGCAGCCGGUGAGGUUCCAGUACCAAUUGGAGCUUACUCGUACAAUAGAACUUAUACAUUCUUGACCAUACCAAUGACCGGAGUUAAUUUGACGGAGGGAAUGAGAUAUUUCAUCGAUAUCGAUUAUGUGGGAACGAUGAACGAUUACAGUGGAUUCUAUCGCAGUUCGUACAAUGUAAAUAAUGCAAGAGUUUGGUUUGCCUCUACCCAAUUCGAAGCAACUUUUGCUCGCAGCGCAUUUCCAUGCUAUGACGAACCAUCGCUAAAAUCCAAUUUUACCAUUCGCAUCACUCACGACUCCUCUUACUCUGCCAUUUCAAAUAUGCCAGCACUUUCGGAAACCAUGAACCCCGAUGGAUCUGUUACCACACAUUUCGAAACCACUCCACUUAUGUCAACUUAUCUCGUUGCAUUUCACGUAUCCGAUUUCCUGAAUGUAACGAGCACACCACCUCGAUCAGUACCACAGCGCAUAUUUUCACGGUCGACAGCAAUCAAUGCAACGGCAUUACCGUUAGAAGCUGGCGAGCUGUUGAUUGAUGCAUUAACCGAUUAUAUUGGUAUUGAGUACUCGCUGCCGAAAAUGGAUCAUGUGGCCGUUCCGAGCUUUCCAGUAGAUGGUGCCAAGGGGAAUUGGGGCCUGAUUGCAUCCUAUGAAUUUUCUACACUUUUUGAUGAAGCAGCCGACUACUAUACGAGAUCUACAGGGUCACUGAGGACACUUUCACACAGUAUUUCCCAUUCUUGGUUUGGGAACUUGGUGACUCCGCGGUGGUACACUUAUCUAUGGAUGAAGGAGGGGUUCGCUACUUUUUUUGAAUAUUUGGGCGUUGAUUUGGUACAUCCAGACUGGCAAAUGAUGGACUAUUUUGUGGUUGAGGUGGCCCAAUUAAUGUUCUUUGCUGACGCAACUACAAAUACUCGGCCUAUGACGUACUACGUUGAACGUCCGUAUGAUAUCGACGAACAUUUUAAUAGAGUAGCGUACAGCAAAGGUGCAGCAGUAUUGAGAAUGUUUUGGUUUAUGUUUGGAGAGGAGACUUUCAUGAGAGCGGUGCGUUCGUACCUGGAAGACAAUGCGUACUCCAACGCAGCCGAAGAAGAACUCUUUGACGCACUAGACGAUGCAGUUAGAUCCGAAACAGAAAGUAUUAUUCCUGACACUGUUGACGUUCGGACAAUAAUGAUAUCAUGGACUAGACAAGCAGGAAUUCCAGUCGUAACGGUCGAUCGGAAUUACGACGACAAAGCCAGUCAAGUAACACUGCGGCAAGCAAGGUAUUAUGGAACUCAACCAGCGAAUCCUGCAAACACAACCUGGUGGAUACCAUACAAUUUAGCCACUCCCAAUAAUCCUGGCUUCGAAAAUACACGAGUCGAAGGAUGGAUUUCGCAGAACAGCAGUUCAUGGGAAAUAACUGUAGAUUCUUUGAGUGCUGAUGACUAUUUAUUAGUCAGCAAGCGAGCUGCUGGCUAUUACCGAAUUAUGUACGACGAAAGGAAUUACAAACUCAUCUCCGACGCAAUUCUACGAAACGCUUCUGAAUUCCACACAACAAACGUAGCUCAACUGAUGGACGACGCUUUCGAAUUUUAUCGGAGCAAUCGUUUGGCCCUUACAUCCGUAUUGGACUUGUUGCGUGUGUUGGAAUUCGAUUCGAAUUUUGUCAGUUGGAGUCCAGCUCUCUACACAAUUUACUUCGUAAAUCUGAAUUUCAAAGGACAUCAAAACUACCCGAUAUGGACAGACUUCGUCCGUAGUCUAACCGAAACGAUUUAUGAUUCCGUUGGGGUGGUAGAUAUUCCGGGCGAACCGAUUUUACGAAAAUACGCCAGGACAGCCAUCGUUGAGCUGGCAUGUCGUAUGGGAUCAGUACAUUGCCGAAGCGAUGCAAACAGACAGCUCCGUCGUCUAAUAGAAUCCGGUGACGAUUUUCACCAGAAUGUCCGACCGGUGUUAAAAUGUGCAUCACUUCGAAGUGCCACUCGAGCCGACUAUUUCUUUGUGUGGAAUGGCUUGCGAUUAUUGGAUUUGGGAGAAUAUGCGCCAAGAUUAGAAAUUAUUGGCUGGUUGGGAUGUACAAUGUCGCGACAUUUAUUAACCGAGUACAUCCGAUCGUCAAUCGAUUCGACAAAUUCACAUAAUUUCGAGUACAGCAGAUACGAACAGUAUGCCGUCAUCGAUUCAAUUUUGGAUAAUGCCGGAAAUUUGGGUAUUGAUGUUUCGCUUACGUUUCUGAUUGAAAAUGCGGCUGAAACGAGUCGAAGGUUCGGAUCAUAUUUCGUUCAAAAAUUUUCGCGCUUGAUCAGUAACGCUGAACACAUAGAACGUUAUGUCCUUUAUCAAAAUACUCUCCGUGAUGCUGGUUACAUCACCCAAGAUGAAAUUGACUACAAUAUGAAUCUGGUUGCGAAUUCCGUACGGUGGCUGGAGACCGAUGGAGUACUAGUUAAUAAUUGGCUGAUGGAAAAUUUUGUUUGAAUUUAUCGCUUGAGA